AUGGUGGACAACAGAUUAGUUCAAGUUUUACGGCAAUUUGAAAACUUGUGCGUCAAUUUGACUUGCUUAUUCGAAGACACCCUGCAGAACUUGCAAAACAUCGUUCUCGACCAACACUGCGAUCCAAGUAGGCCACUAGACAUCAUGGUUGCGUAUGCAGCAUAUACAUUUGUUCAGAACUCCGCUUUGGCCGGUUCCAAGCCCGAAUGGGAAAGGCGCAGGGUUGGGGACCGUGACGAGUUCUCCCUUAAAACUAAGCGACCUGCCCUUCGUGCUGUUUUUGGCUGUCAUACUAGCUUGGUUGUCUCCUGGGUAAUCCAAAGCCGCGCAGACUGCUGGAUAACUGAGGACCUUCAGUGUCUGAGAGUGUUUCAAGCGAAGUUUGGCAACAGCGAAAUAGUAAUCGCUGCCGAUUCCUGCCCUCAGUGUGAUCUGCCGGAGUCAGAACAGGCAUCAGAGAUGCAUCUCCCCGUGAACAUCAGCAUCCGACUUUCUCCCCCUGACUGUCAAUCUACGUCGGGUGGUUACGAUUCAGUGGAUUCCACGCAGAGUUCAAUGAUGUCUUACGAAAUGUUCUACGACAGACCAUGUUCGUCUGAAGAUUACAUGUCAGUUGCUGAACAUCAUAAAAUCUUGGCGUCUCCUCUUCACUUGAGAAAGUAUGAGGACCUGCAGACUUGCCUCGCUCGUAUUCAUAAGCUGCUCGGUCUCCAUCUCUACAACAUGGUUGCGAAGGUCAAUACUUGGCAAGAGGCAAUUAUCCAUCGUGCAAUUGAUACCGCUUUCUGCAUGGCUCGCGACCAGAGCAUCACUCCCAGGCGGCUCAGGUAUGUCAGUCGGAGGGAGCUGGAGAUCUACAUGCAGAUGCUAGCACUGUUGAUGCGCUACUCGCGCAUUUCAAAGGAACUCAUUGAUGGAGCACUCGACACUGUCAACAAGCGUCCGGUUGACGACACCGUUGUGCUCGACGACGGCGCCUGCCGAUCGGGUAGGCCCUCUUAA